AUGCCUGAGAUCUUUACGGCUCCCAUUAAGCGUACCAGCCAUUAUGAUGCUCUUGGUGUCUCUGCCGACGCUUCGGAGUCCGAGAUCAAGAGGGCGUAUCGAAAGCUUGCCUUUGCACAUCACCCUGACAAGAACCCGGGAAAUGUGCAGAGCGCUACCAAGAAGUUCACCGAGGUACGUUCCAGAGUUCAUAUCUGUUCCCACGGAAUUGUCUGGUGGAAAUGGGGGGGAUGGUCCCAUUUGUCCUCAUUGAAAGCAUGUUUGGAAGAAAUUGGCAGAGCGACUAAUAGUGUGUGCGGCGAUAUUAAGGUCAAGGAGGCAUACGAAGUACUGAGCGACCCGGAGCAACGGAGAAAAUAUGACAAGGAGAUCGGAAGAUACGGCCUCAAGAGCUCGAGUUCGUUCCCGAGUGAGCGAUGCAAAAACCCCAACAUCCGUAUCCAAGACUAGACUAACAAAAACCAGCAUAUGAAACUCCCGCGCCGAAAAGGCAUCAGUACUCGUACACUUUUGACGGAGCCCCAAAUCGUUCCGCCUCGAAAUCCCGUGAAUCGUACCCACCCUCUUCCCGUCGCUCAUCUUCAAACCCCCGCGACCCCUUUGAUACGGUGCCCACCGCACAUGUUAGGCGCUCGUCGUCGAGAUCCCGCCGCGAUCCACCCGACGCUCCCCCACUAACCCCACCCUCGCCGCGUACUCGCCGUUCUUCAUCGAAACCCCGUGGCGACGCCUCACCAACGACCCCGCCACCCUAUAUUGGCCGCUCUCCGUCAAGAUCCCGCGGUGAUAGCCCCUUCGAUACCUCGCCAAGGACCCCACCCCCGCAUAUUCGCUGCUCUCCAUCGAAACCCCGUGGCGACGCCGCUUUCGACGCCUCGCCCACGACCCCACCGGCUUACAUUCGCCGCUCUUCAUCAAAACCCCGAUCCGACCCCUUCGAUACUCCGCGUGGCUCAUCCAGGCCGCGCGCGGACACGUACGAUGGCACACCGCUGCGCUCGUCGUCGUCAAAGUCCCGCGAUCAUUUUGGCGUAUUGAACGCACACGCAUCAUCCAAGCGACGGGAUUCCAUUGACACCACUCCCGCUCGUCGCUCGCGGCGUCAGGACACGGAGCAAAUCCUACUCGACCCGGAGUUUGACCGCUCGAGGUACGCCGCUGCAGAGCGGGCCAAGGUUCUCUGGGAGCGCAGGCAGAAGGAGAUGGAAGAGAUGGUGCAAGCCGAGAGAAGGAGGACCGAGGCCCACCUGGCGGAGUUGAGAGAGAAUAUGGAGAGGAGGGAAAAUCUACGACUGGAGGUGGAGAAGCGGGAGGCUCAAUGGCGGGAAGAAGAGGCCAGGAGACAUAGUCUCAAACCCGGGCUGGAGAAGCGGCAGACGAAGCGGGAGGCGAGACAGAGGGAGCUGGAGCGAAAAGACGCUGAGCAACGACAAGAGGAAUGGAGAGAAUCUGUGCGAAAGGCUGCCGAGCGAAAGGAGGCAGAAAAGAUUGAUCUUGAGAAGGGAGAGAAUGAUAGAAGACAGCAGAUCAUUCAAUCCAUCAUGAAAGUCCAGGACAUGAUCUCGGAGUACGGAAUGGGAAACCCUGCCAAGAGCAAGAGUUGGGCAAGAUAUCGAACAGAGGACGAACUGAAAUCAUACCUCAAGCUUCAGUGCGCAAUUCUAGUAGAGAUUCUACAGGAGCGGAGCUAG